GGGGAGGUUAUCUCUAAAUGGAGAGAUUUACCGUUAGAGUUUGACCAUUAUUUUGAGGCAUACGACUGAGUAAGGGGGUUGACAUAAGCAUUUUUGUGUUUUGGAAGGAUAACUGGAUUGGUUGCAUAAACAUGGGUUGGAAAGGGGAAUUUUAAAGGCCAGGUGACCAGGUAGAAGCCUAUUUAAUAGUGUAGUUGAAAGAGACUAGAGACCUAAAUAAGGUAUUGCAGUAGGAAUAAAUUUGGGGGACUCAGAAUUACUGGGAUUAUUUAAAUAUAGAGAAUGUGAGAUUAUUAUUAAAGAUCUAGAAUUUGCAGCUGAGUGGGAAGAAAAUUGGGCAAUAAUUGAAAUAGAUAAUAACAGGAAGAACAAGUUUAGGGGAGAUGAUAAUCUGGAUUUUGUACAUUGUUAGGUUUGAGAUGCUGUUGGAAUUAUAUAUAGAAAUACCCAGCAAGCAGUUAGAAAUGAAGAUUUGGAGUUCAAAAGAAAGGUCAUUCAUUCAUAUACAAAUAUUUAUUCAGUACUUACUAUCUGCUUAUAGGAAUGCUUGUAUGGAAUCCUUUUAAACUCAUAGUAAAGACAAUUUGAAAAUGGGAAGUGACUUCAGGGUAUCUUGAUCAAAAUGUAAAUUUGUGGUAUGGUUAUACAACUGUGAAUAUACUAAAGACAAAGACAGUCUAAUAGUACUCUUUAAAAUGGGUGAGUUGUGUAUUCUGUGAACUCUCAGUGAAACUUAUUUUCUUAAAAGAUUUGCAUUACAGUUUUUGAAAUUUGUUAAAUGGGUAUUGGAAUUGGGAAUAGAAACAAAUGUAAUUGCAUAUUUGUCACUAUACUACCAGCUAAUAUACUUGGUAAGUUCUGUGUUAAAGAAGAGGUUAACUUAGUACACCUGAUAAGGUACUCUUGUAGUGAUUAUUUUGAAUCCAGCUUACCUAUUCUAGUGCCUUCUUUUCUCUAUUUUAUCAUACAGUACACAUACAAACUAUAAACUUGGCCAUCAAAAUUGUGGGGUAGUACUCAGUUAUGAUAUGGAUAUCCAGUUGUUUCAGGAAAUGUUUUUGUUAAUUUUUAAGUUUUAUUAUUAGAUUAAAAACACUAAAAAAUAUCAUUGUUAACAUAUAAAAGUUAGUAAAUAGUUGUAUGGUUUCUUGGAGAUUUUACAAUCAUGGAAUCUCAAAGUUGGAGGAACUUUAAGGAUAACCUAAACAAAUAUCUGGUAAUUUCUUGGCUUGUUGAGAGUGAGCUGGAAUUUCGGUAAAGGAGUUCUUUGGCCUUACAAAUUAGAGAGAUAUAAUCACUAUUCAUUCAACUAUUUAUGCCAACCUGCUCUGUGGGUAGGAGUCCUGGCUUUGCAGCUUAAUAACUUGGGCAAGUGAUUUAUUGAGCCUUAAUUCCUUUCUUUCUAAAAAGAUGAAUGGAUAAAUUAUUAUGUUGUUGUAAUGCUUGAGUGAGAAAAAAGUGGAUAGAAAAGUCAGGGAUUUAUAAUACUUCAGGUGAAAAACUUAAAAGGAUUGUUUUUAGUAUAUCUUGUAAAUUGUUAUUUCUUUACAAUGAAAAAUGAGAAUCUCAGACAGCUGGAAAGAGGGAGAAGAAACCAACAAACAAUAAAUAUUUAUUCCAUUACUUCUAAAUGCCCUUUUUGUAAAGUCUGUCUUAUUGUAACUAUCUAGCCAACCCUGGUAUUAAAAGAAAACUUCAUCCUAGGUACAUUUUAUAUGUAUGAUUACACAGUGUUCCCAAUUUUGGCAACAAAUAAAGGACUCACAUGACAGAUUCCUAGGGGAAAAAUUAAGCUGUAAGAAAGUAAGAAUUUUGGGCUGGGGGAGUAACUCAGUGGUUGAUUGUGUGCGUAGUAUACACAAGGCCUUGGGAUUUAAUCCCUAGCCCAAAAAUGAAAGAAAAGUUGGGGGUGGGGGGAAAAAAAGAAAGAAAGAAUUUAAAUUACAGGGAGAAAACAGCUGCAUCAGGGUCCCAAGAACACUACAUCUGGGAAACACUAUUCAAAUUUUGUCAUUUUUUUUCCCUAUGCAGUACUGUAGAUUGAUCCCAGGGCUUCAUGAAUGCUAGCUACAGGAUUUUGGAAGCUGAAUCAAUGUUAUCAGAUGAGUUAGAAUCCAAACCAGAGCUCCUGGUACAGUUUGUUCAGAAUACCUCCAUCCCAUUGGGACAGGGACUAGUAGAAUCAGAAGCUAAAGACAUUACUUGCUUAUCCCUACUUCCGGUGACCGAGGCCUCAGAAUGCAGUCGGCUAAUGUUAUCAGAUGAUGCUCCAAAUCAUACUAACUCCUCCAAGGAGGUCCCUUCAUCAGCUGUACUGAGAAGCCUUCAGGUGAAUGUGGGCCCAGACGGAGAGGAGACGAGGGCUCAGACUGUACAGAAGUCCCCAGAGUUUUUGUCUACUCCAGAGUCUCCUAGUUUGUUGCAAGAUCUACAGCCAAGUGAUAGCACUUCUUUUAUUCUUCUUAACCUAACAAGAGCAGGUCUGGGCUCUUCAGCUGAGCACUUAGUGUUUGUACAAGAUGAGGCAGAGGAUUCAGGGAAUGAUUUCCUCUCCAGUGAGAGCACGGACAGUAGCAUUCCAUGGUUCCUCCGGGUUCAGGAGUUGGCCCAUGACAGUUUGAUUGCUGCUACUCGUGCACAACUAGCAAAGAGUGCAAAAACCAGCAGCAAUGGAGAAAAUGUCCACCUUGGUUCUGGUGAUGGACAACCCAAAGAUUCUGGACCACUUCCCCAAGUGGAAAAGAAGCUCAAGUGUACAGUUGAAGGUUGUGACCGGACAUUUGUGUGGCCAGCUCACUUCAAGUACCACCUCAAAACUCAUCGAAAUGACCGCUCCUUCAUCUGCCCUGCAGAAGGUUGUGGGAAAAGCUUCUAUGUGCUGCAGAGGCUAAAGGUGCACAUGAGGACCCACAAUGGGGAAAAGCCUUUUAUGUGCCCUGAAUCCAGCUGUGGUAAACAGUUCACUACAGCUGGAAACCUGAAGAACCACCGGCGCAUCCACACAGGAGAGAAGCCUUUCCUUUGUGAAGCCCAAGGAUGUGGCCGUUCCUUUGCUGAGUAUUCUAGCCUCCGAAAACAUCUGGUGGUUCACUCAGGAGAGAAGCCUCAUCAGUGCCAAGUCUGUGGGAAGACCUUCUCUCAGAGUGGGAGCAGAAAUGUACACAUGAGAAAGCAUCACUUGCAGCUGAGAGCAUCUGGGAAUCAAGAACAGGAGCAAACUGCUGAGCCACUAAUGGGCAGUAGUUUGCUUGAAGAGGCUUCAGUACCCAGUAAAAACCUGGUGUCUAUGAAUUCCCAGCCCAGCCUUGGUGGAGAGACCUUGAACCUACCAAAUACCAAUUCUAUCCUGGGAGUUGAUGAUGAGGUGCUCACUGAAGGAUCCCCACGUCCCCUGUCUUCAGUGCCUGAUGUGACACAUCACUUGGUGACCAUGCAGUCAGGGAGGCAGUCAUAUGAAGUUUCUGUUCUAACUGCAGUAAAUCCGCAGGAGAGUCUUGCUGAAUUAUCUACACUGGCCUGGAACUUGGAUCCUCCCACCUCAGCCAAGUAGCUGAGAUCACAAAUGACUACACAUGGCUGAUUUAUCCCAAUUAUAAUUAUUUUUCUAUUAUCUGCCUCCUCACAUGUCUACAAACUCCAUGUUUGCUUAUUCAUCAGAGAACAGUGCCUGGUAAGUACCAUAUGUGGCUGUGGAAUGAAUAAAGCCUGAGGCCCUUAUUCACAUAUAUUUUUUAAACCUCCCUCAUGGCCUACACUGAGCCUGCAGCCUCUUUUGGGUCCACCCAGACAGCUCAUCUCCAAGCCAAGCCAACUAACCAACUGGGUCUUUUGGUACCCACAAGCAGGAGGCGGCAGGUGGCAAGGAUAUCUUUACCCUCGAGUUUGUCCCCAAGGGCUGGUUCCAGAAUGGACUUGGGGAUCCUUCUUAUGGCCUUCUUUGGGGGGACCGUAGCCUUCACUGUGGUAGCCAGGUCUCUCUGUCGUGCAGCUUCCUUUCGCUGCUCCUCCUUCUCCAGGAAGCUGAAGGGCCUUAAGGAUGAGAGGAGCAGUUCCUUCCUCUUCUGGAUCCCUGCCUGUCUCUGGGCCUCCCUGCGCUCCAUGAUGUCCUGGUAGAGGGGUAGGUAGACAUGUGCAGGUACAGGCUGUGCUCGGAACUGUCUGUGGCACUCAGCCUCCUCUUGGCCCUGCCUCUGGGCCUGCUGCCUCUUCUGCUCAAAGGAGGCAGGGGAGGCCAGCCACUGAGCUUUCUUUUGGGCCUCCCGCACUGUCAUGCAGAAUGGCUGAGGGACGGUGAUGGACGAUGUCCAGGAGUUGACACUUCUGUGCUGGGAGGCAGACUUGGAGCCUGAGGGCGGCUGGGCCUGAGCCUUGGGAACACCAGAGGAAAGGCUGUUCAGGGAGCUGCAGCGCCUUGUGGAGUCACACCUGUGGGAGAGAGCAGGUCUGUGUGUGGAGGACUGGGCAGUCAGGAGGCCCUGCUGUUUCCUGAUCCUCUUCCCCAGGCCUCUUUGCCAGGCAAGCCACAGCUAGCUUCUCAGCCUGAUCUCACAGCCCCAUAAGCCUCUAUAUCCAUAACUCUUCCAUGAGGCCUCCCCACUCUUCCCACAGGCAAUCCUAGCAGCCUAGUAGAAAUGUUCUCAGAAUUGAUCCACAAACUGCCAUGUUUGCACUCUUAUUUGCAUAUGACAGAGAAAACAGUGCAAUAGGUCAAAGCAGGAAUUUAGAAUUAGAUCUAAGUUAAAGACCUGCUUCAAACCUUAAGAUUAUGAAUUUCCUCAUAUGUAGAGUGACAAAUAUAAUAUCCACUUAUAAGGUUACUGGGAGGAGAAAGCAAAUACUAAAUGAGCAAAAGCCGAGUUGGCCAAGGUCAAAGUACCUUGUCAUUCUUGGGGAAAGGUUUGUUUAGGAAAGACAUUCCUUUAAUCAAUUCUAAUGUUUCAUUGAACUAAGAGUUGCCCACAAUAAUUUAGGAUUGCUGGUAGAAAUCAAAACAGUUGGUUGGACUCAAAACUUGAUUAUGAGCCAGAGCCUGCCUAAAUAGAAAUUUGCAGACAUGGUCCCUACAUGACAAAGGAAGAUACAGCCCAAAGACAUGGCAUGACUAACCCAGAGUGGUGGAGUGGGGUAGCUGUUGACUAUAGAGCCUUACCUCUGAGAUCCAGGGUACUGGAUCUGUGGCUUCCCCCUGCCCUUGUCCUGGAAGAAAUUCUCUAGGACCUCAUCAUCUUCAGAGAUGUUCUUAUCACUGUCUGAGUCAGCCUGAAAAAGGGACUCCAACAGACCCUGUUUGUCCCUCUGCUUUAGAACCUGUAGGGAGUCAUAAAAGCUUCCAGUUGAGACAGAGGUGGACUCUGUCUCAUCCUCUAGGCUGAGGAGCUCAUGGAGUUUUCCAGCCCUGGGUAAAACCAUACCAUCCCCAGACAGUUUGUCUUCUGCCUCCGUGUCAGAGGAAGAUUGGGGGGAAAGUAUCUAAAAUGGAAUAGAAAUAAACUGUGAGUUAAACUAUAAUUUCUACAAUCUUCAAAACAUAAUGAUUAAUUUCACUUUGAAUAAGUCUUAGUAUAUUAGGGAUAAGAGGAACAAAUAAGAUGUGUUCCUUGCUCUAAAAAAAUUUCACAUCCUGGUAUACAGUUGUGCUUGGUUGUAGGGCAGGAAAGGGAAGCAAAGAGCUAAAGCAUGUUCCCUAUCCCUGCAGUACAGUAAGCAGAGCACCUAACCUGCACCAUGCAUUCCAGGAAUCCUACCCAGGACCUUGGGCACACUCUGUACCCACUUUCCUUGAGAUUUACCUGUUGUUCUUCUCUUGUUGCCCUGUUUAGGCCCCUGCUUUUCUCAUGUUCUAACUAAUUUCUAUUCUAUCACUAGAAAUGGAUGAUUAAUAGGACAAUGUAGUCUAAUGGAAAGAGUGAUAUCCUAGAACAUGAGACACCCAACCAAAUUUUAAAUAAUUUAUUCAGGGGCUAGGGGUGUAGCUCAGGGUAGAAAGCUUGCCUAGCAUGCUCAAGGAUUGGAUUUGUGCCCAGCGCUGGAAAAUGACAACAACAAAACUUCAUUCAUUCAUUCAUAUAGAAAAUAUCUGUUGGAUAUCUAACAUACUAGACUGAAAACAAGACAAACAAGGUCUCUAUUCUCAAGAAGCUUACAUUCUAGUGAGAGGAGACAGAAAAUAUAAUAAGAUCACAUAUUCAAAUAAAAGCAUAAACACUGAGGUUAUAGAGUGAUGGGUUACUUAUGGAAAACUUUUAUGUUGAUAAAAUCUAUUAGAGUCACUAGGAAUGUAUCCAUAAUCAGAGUGAUGUUUAUUAAUUAUAGUACAUCAUGAGAAACAAUAAGGAACCCGGUGUGUGCGUAUUAGUGGCAGGAUUUUAGUGUUGGCUUGUCUGAUUGAUUCUUAGGAAGGUCAUAAGAGGAUAGGUGCAGUCAUGAAGUAGGAACAAUUUAACCUUUUCUUUUAGUAUUGGGUUUUUGUUGUUGUUUUGUAGUACUGGGGAUCACAAAUUCCAACCCAACCUGGGCAAUUUAUCAAGACUUUCUCAAAAUAAAAAGUUUUUAAAAAGGGA